AUGGAUCCCAACCAGCAACAGCAGCAGCAACAGCCUCAACAGGGCAACGACCAGAGCGAGGACUACCUCGACAAGGGCCUCGACUUCAUCGAAACGAAGUUCGGCCAAGGAAAAAUCGACCCCGUGAAGAUGCGCGAUACCAACGAGAAGAUCACCGAUGGUGCUCGUGGCAUGUUCGAGAAGUUCACUGGAAAGAAGGUCCCUGAGAAGUUCUCCAACUAA